CAGGUCACGUACCGGAAAAGAGAAACCCAUAAACUCGUCAGCAGCACAUUCGUCUGUCUCGCAACUCCCACUCCGCAAGCAUGUUAUUCAUAUAAAUAUUCUAAUCUCCAGUCCUCUUUUCCUAUGAAACCAUUCAGACCGAAUGCACUCCAAAACCUCACUUCUCUAACUUCUCUAGCAAGCCUUCAAUCUCCAAAACUUCGCCUCAAUGUUGUCAACAAUAUCGACGCCCGAAUCGUCAAAACUGGUUUUGAUCCAGACACAUCUCGCUCCAAUUUCAGGGUCGGUGAUUUUCUUAAAAAUGGGGAAUUAUCUCAAGCACGCCAACUGUUUGAGAAAAUGCCUCACAAGAACACUGUCUCAACCAACAUGAUGAUUUCGGGCUAUGUCAAGUCUGGCAAUCUUGGUGAAGCUAGAAAGUUGUUUGAUGGCAUGGUUGAACGAACAGCUGUGACAUGGACAAUUUUGAUUGGUGGGUAUUCUCAAUUGAACCAGUUUAAGGAAGCGUUUGAACUUUUUGUCCAGAUGCAGAGGUGUGGGACUGAGCCAGAUUAUGUGACUUUUGUCACUCUCUUAUCAGGAUGCAAUGGUCAUGAGAUGGGGAACCAAAUAACUCAAGUUCAGGCCCAGAUCAUCAAAUUGGGAUAUGAUUCAAGGCUUAUUGUUGGCAACACUCUGGUUGAUUCUUAUUGCAAAUCUAAUCGUCUGGAUUUAGCUUGUCAGCUCUUUAAGGAAAUGCCAGAAGUAGAUUCGGUUUCUUACAAUGCAAUGAUAACAGGGUAUUCAAAAGAUGGAUUAGAUGAGAAAGCUGUAAAUCUCUUUGUGGAAAUGCAAAACUCAGGUUUGAAGCCCACGGAGUUUACUUUUGCAGCAGUUCUAUGUGCCAAUAUUGGGUUGGAUGACAUAGUCCUGGGUCAACAAAUUCACAGUUUUGUGACCAAGACCAAUUUUGUUUGGAAUGUGUUUGUGAGCAAUGCCUUGCUCGAUUUCUACUCAAAGCAUGACUCUGUGAUUGAUGCCAGAAAACUUUUUGAUGAGAUGCCCGAGCAGGACGGUGUGUCUUAUAAUGUGAUCAUCUCAGGCUAUGCAUGGGAUGGAAAACAUAAAGAUGCUUUUGAUCUUUUCCGGGAAUUACAGUUCACCACAUUUGACAGGAAACAGUUCCCUUUUGCAACCAUGUUGAGUAUAGCAUCAAAUACAUUAGAUUGGGAAAUGGGUAGACAAAUUCAUGCCCAAACUAUUGUCACAACAGCUGAUUCAGAAAUUCUAGUGGGAAAUUCUCUGGUAGACAUGUAUGCAAAAUGUGGUAAAUUUGAGGAAGCUGAAAUGAUAUUUACAAAUUUAGUCCACAGAAGUGCAGUUCCGUGGACUGCCAUGAUCUCAGCUUAUGUUCAGAAGGGGUUCUAUGAAGAAGGACUUCAAUUAUUCAAUAAGAUGCGCCAAGCCAGUGUAAUUGCAGACCAGGCCACUUUUGCCACCCUAUUAAGAGCCUCUGCAAGUAUAGCUUCACUGUCUCUGGGGAAACAGUUGCAUUCAUUUAUAAUAAAAUCAGGAUUCAUGUCCAAUGUGUUUUCUGGGAGUGCACUUCUAGAUGUGUAUGCUAAAUGUGGGUCCAUAAAAGAUGCAGUUCAAACCUUUCAGGAGAUGCCUGAUAGGAAUAUAGUCUCUUGGAAUGCCAUGAUCUCAGCUUAUGCCCAGAAUGGGGAAGCUGAGGCCACUCUCAAAUCAUUCAAAGAGAUGGUUCUGUCAGGUCUGCAACCAGAUUCUGUAAGCUUCCUCAGCGUACUCUCUGCAUGCAGCCAUAGUGGGCUUGUUGAAGAAGGAUUAUGGCACUUCAACUCCAUGACUCAAAUUUAUAAACUUGAUCCAAGAAGGGAACAUUAUGCAUCUGUAGUAGACAUGUUAUGCCGCAGUGGACGUUUCAAUGAAGCAGAGAAGUUGAUGGCUGAGAUGCCGAUUGACCCAGAUGAAAUCAUGUGGUCAUCAGUUCUGAAUGCCUGCAAGAUACAUAAAAAUCAAGAACUGGCCAGAAGAGCAGCGGACCGACUAUUCAAUAUGGAGGAGCUAAGAGAUGCUGCUCCUUAUGUCAACAUGUCUAAUAUUUAUGCAGCAGCAGGGCAAUGGGAGAAUGUUAGUAAGGUGCACAAAGCAAUGAGGGACCGGGGAGUUAAGAAGCUGCCGGCUUAUAGUUGGGUUGAAAUCAAACAUGAGACACACAUGUUCUCAGCAAAUGAUAGGUGUCAUCCACAAAUAGAAGAAACCAGGAAGAAGAUAGACAUGUUAACAAAGACGAUGGAGGAACUAGGGUACAAACCAGAUACGAGUUGUGCUCUUCACAAUGAAGAUGAGAAAUUCAAAGUACAGUCUCUUAAAUAUCACAGCGAGCGGUUAGCAAUUGCCUUUGCGCUGAUCAGUACACCAGAAGGGUCACCAAUACUGGUGAUGAAAAACUUGCGAGCUUGUAUAGACUGCCAUGCUGCCAUCAAGGUGAUUUCUAAAAUUGUAGGACGGGAAAUCACGGUUAGGGAUUCAACCAGGUUCCAUCAUUUUAGAGAUGGGUUCUGCUCCUGUGGGGACUUUUGGUGAAGAUCUGAACAUUGAAAGAGAAGGGGGAUAGCUUUGAGGAUGAAAAGGUCUCACCAUACACAUUUUGCAUUUUUUGUAGACUUACCCAUUGUAUUCAUUCGCGCAUAGACACAAUCCUAAAAGCUUCGAUUUUAUGUCUAAAGGGUGUCCUAUGAUCUUAUCGUUGAUUUGAAUCAAAAGUGUUCAAUAAUACAGAUCCAUAGGAAUAAA